AUGAGUAGAGAUACAGUAAUGUUGAAAAUGAAUUUAGAGUUAUUGAAUGAGAAGGAGAAAAAAUAAUUAAAUUUGAUAGAGAAAUAUGCAAAAAAUUAGAGAUAGACAACAAAAAAGUAAAAAGAGUAAUAUGUGAAGGAAUUGGAUAAACAAUUAGUUAAGUUGAUAUAAAAUUUAACAAUAAAAGAAAAUACUUUGAAGAUUAUAAUGAGGUAAAAAAGAAGAGGAAAAAGUGAUAGUUAGAUAAGGAUGAUAAGGAUUUAUAAUAUAAUGAUGAAAAUAUAAAAGGAUAUUUAAUAGUUGAUUAGGAGAAUAUAAGAAAAGAAUAGAAGCAUUUAAAUAAAAAGAGAUGAAGAUUUGGGUAGAGAAAAGAAAGAAGAAGAAGAAAGGAUUACCCUGAAAUAAAUUAUAUAUAUUUUUUAAUAUUUGAAUAUGGUUUAUUGA